AUGGCAGACGACGUGAAGCCAGAAGUAAUUAAGAAGACGCAAGAUCUGCUUGGAAAAUAUUUUAAGAAACCACCGCUUACUGAGAAACUUCUGAAGAAACCACCGUUUAGAUUUCUUCACGACAUUGUGUCGGUGGUGAUAAGGGAAACUGGUUUCUUGGAUGGUUUGUACACUGAACAUGAACUGAACUCUGAGAAUAUAAACAACAAAGAAGCAAAACUUGCCUACUUAACAAAAUUGAUUGAUGUUGUCAAACUAACUACUGGUGCUAACUUGACUGUGAGAGCCAGUAAAAUAAUUUCUGGCCAGGAACCCACUAAGACGAAUGAGUUACUACAGACAAUUGGGAAAGCCUUAGACAAAAAGAUAAAUAGUGCUGAAGCUAUAGAGCAUUAUAAAAGGAACUUGGAGAUAGGUAAAUCAACUGUGAAAGGUAAGUCGUCUGCCAGGAAAGAAGAAAAGAAAACAUCAUCUAAAGAGAUUUCUCAAAAGAGAGUUACACCGGGCAAGGAUAGGUCUUCUGACCGAAGAAAAAAAAUUUCCACUGAGAAUCAUGCAUCAAAAAAUGAUCUGGAAACACAUAAAAGUGAAAAUCAGGAAUCUCAAACAAAAGUCGAAGGUGCACAAGCUUCUGUAACUGAGUCAUCACGGGAUAAAGUUUCUUCGUCGGCGCAUAGAAGAAAAACUUCGUCUGCUAAACCAAAACCCAGUAUAUCUAAUGUGCCUCCAUCCGAGACAACUCCUUCACAAGAAAAUGCGAAUAUAGAUAAAAAAGUGGACGAGAACAGAAAACAAAAGGAAAUUGAAACUAAAUCGAAACAAACUACGUAUAAUGAAAAUAAUGAAUCUCUGAAGCGUGAACAAAAUGUAUCGGAUACAAUACACUUAGGGUCUAAGUCUAUAAACAACGUAGAUAAUAAAGUUAAUGAAAGCACAGAAAACAUGAAGGCGGAACGUAACGAAAAUGAAGUGAUAAAUCAUGAAAUUUUCAGUCAGAACGAGGAAAAGUCGGACAGUGUAACAUUAAAAACUCAAAAGUCUCAGUUGGAGAAUAGUGAUAUUAGUCUUUCACAAUCAAAUAAUAGACCAAAAACUUCUUUACGUCCUCCUAGUGCGAGACCAAUUAGUGCCAGGCCUGCAGCACCUAGAUUACGGGGAAAGCCAGAAUUAAUUGUUAAUGAAGAAAUACUAACACCCAUGGGUAAUAUCAGUGUUAUCGUCGAAAAUUCUGAAACUAAAGAAGACGAUGAUGCUGAGGACAUGGUAGUUAUGGAAACUAGAGGUGGCGGUGAUUCUCUGGAAAAUAACGGUACAUUCAAAGUUGACGAUCAAUUAACUCAAGAACAUGGACAUCUUGUUGCUCAAAUAUUAGAAACACAGAAAGAACUCGUUAAUCAUGAGAACGUAGAUGUGAUACCUAAAAAGACAAAUAUUGCAUGGGACACAAGUACAAAGCGAGAUGUAGUUAUUAAGGAAGUCGAUAAACUCCGUAACACAAUUCAAACUUUGACUCGUGCAACUAAUCCACUUGGAAAGUUGUUUGAUUAUUUUCAGGAAGAUGUAGAGAUAAUGCAGAAAGAAUUACUGGAAUGGCGACAUCAACAUCAACAAUUGAACGAACAAUUAAAGAUAGAAAAAUUAAAGACGCAAGAAUUGAUAGAACCUAUGAAAGAAACAUUAAAAGAAAUCGAUCAAAACAUGAAAGUACAAUUGGAUAAAAUAUGUCAAGCAAAGGCACAAAUAAUGAAAAACGAUCAAAGGAUACAAACGUUAUUAAAUGGCCGGGUUUGA